GUUGUGAAAACCCCGAACCAGAAGUGCAGCAUGUUAGCAGUUAGCUUGUCAGCUCCUAAGGCUCUGGUUGUUGUAACCUGAAACCGAGGAGCAGGCGGCGGACUGUUUCACCGUUAGAGCGGUGACCUUCCAGCCGGGGGGGGACAGAGAUGUAGCCGGUGAGAAUUUGAUCCACCCACAGGGAGAAAAGCGACGCGGAGCGGCGGGGAAAAGGGAGUUAUAAGAAAGUGUUUGAUGAACGGCGCCUGUCAAGUGGAGGUCGCAGACGGCAUGUUGGAACAGCCAGAAACAGAUGAUGCUGUGUCUGAGGAGUCGGAGCACGAUAUCUACACUCGCUUCAUGAAGUGUCAUAAGUGUUAUGACAUCGUCCCGACCAGCUCCAAACUGGUGGUGUUUGACACUGCACUGCAGGUGAAGAAGGCAUUUUUUGCUCUGGUGGCCAAUGGCGUACGAGCUGCUCCGCUCUGGGAGAGCAAGACCCAGAGCUUUGUAGGGAUGUUGACCAUCACAGAUUUCAUCAACAUCCUGACCAGAUACUACAAAUCCCCCAUGGUGCAGAUCUAUGAGCUGGAGGAGCACAAGAUUGAGACAUGGAGAGAGGUGUACCUGCAGGAGACAUUCAAACCUUUGGUCCACAUCUCACCUGAUGCCAGUAUAUUUGAGGCUGUCCACUCACUGAUCAAGAACAAGAUCCACCGUCUCCCAGUCAUCGACCCCCUCAGCGGCAAUGCUCUCUACAUCCUGACACACAAGCGGAUACUCAAGUUUCUGCAGCUCUUUGUGUGUGAGAUGCCCAUGCCAGGGUUCAUGAAGCAAACUCUGGAGGAGCUCGGAGUGGGGACGUACUCCAGUAUCGCCUAUAUCCACCCGGACACACCGCUCAUCACGGCGCUGUCGGUCUUCACACACCGUCGUGUGUCAGCCUUGCCCGUCGUCGACCACAACGGUCGAGUGGUGGACAUCUACUCCAAGUUCGACGUCAUUAACCUGGCGGCAGAGAAAACGUACAACAACCUGGAUGUGACCGUCACCCAGGCCCUGAGACACAGAUCACAGUACUUCGAAGGAGUGAUGAAGUGCAACAAGCUGGAGAUGUUGCAGACCAUUGUGGACCGCAUUGUCAAGGCUGAGGUUCACAGGCUGGUUGUUGUUGACGAGGAGUCUCGUAUCAUAGGUAUCGUCUCUCUGUCGGACAUCCUGCAGGCACUUGUCUUGACCCCCGCAGGUCAGGGGAGGAAGGAGUCUCUCCCAUCUCAGCCAAUAAUUUUGGACUCAACAGGACCAGAAACUGGACCAGACCAUGAGCUUUGUAUGGAGACAGAAAGGAAAUCUGAGCCACAUGAGGAUCAGGAUCACAACCUGGAGCCUGGUAAACACCCAGGGACGGAGAUCGGCUGCGACCACAUUAAUACUGCUGAGACCAGCCAACAGGGGGAGACAGAGGGGGAGGGGGAGGAAGCACAAAGUGAGGAAGAGGAGGAGGAGGAGGACGAAGCAGGAAGUGAGGAAGAGAAGGCGGAGGAGGAGGAAGCAGGAAAAUUCAGCACCUCGCUACUGGAACAGAACAACACAUUUCAAACUGAACAUCGGCAGGUGAUGAAGUGCAAGUUUGUGGAUAAACCUCUGUUUGAAUAUGACACAUUCGGUCACUUCAGUGGUGUUUACACACAUUUAAAACCAAUGUACACACACAGAGGACCAGCCUCUUCGUUAGUCCUGUCCCCUCACCUCGACCACCCCUAG